UUUGCAAUCUAGUCAACAUCGUAUCUCCCACUUCAGUACUUCCGGUACUAAAGAACCAACACAAUGUCAAUGGAGUUCACAUUCUACUACUAUGCGCCGUCUAGCGCAGCGGCGUGCAUCUUCGUGGUUCUCUUCGGGCUCAGCACUGUGCUGCACUUCUACCAGCUGAUACGAACUCGGUCAUGGUUUAUGAUCCCAUUCUUCAUUGGAGGAAUUCUGGAAACGAUAGGAUACGUAGGCCGCCUGCUGUCAGCCCUGCAGAGUCCCGACUUCACCAAAGGCCCCUACAUCAUCCAGAGCGCCCUGAUCCUAAUCGCACCAGCCUUCCUGGCAGCAAGCAUCUACAUGACCCUUGGUCGAAUCAUUCGCAUGAUCCACGCGAAGCAAUAUGCGGUCAUCCGAUUGAGCUGGAUGACCAAGAUCUUCGUGACGGGCGAUGUGCUUUCAUUCCUCAUGCAGGCUUCCGGUGCCGGACUCAUGGUCAGCAACUCGAAUGACCCCUCGACUGGAGAACAUGUCAUCAUCGGCGGUCUAUUUGUUCAGAUCAUUUUCUUCGGAUUCUUCAUCAUCACGGCCAUUGUCUUCGAGAUGCGCAUGAGGAAGAACCCGACCAGCACGGCCAUGGAGCUGUCCGGUGUAUGGCGCCGGCACAUGGCUGCCCUCUAUAUCUCAAGCGUCUUGGUCUUCGUUCGUUCUAUCAUCAGGGUGGCGGAAUACUUGGAGGGGUAUGAUGGGUACCUCAUGAAGCACGAGGCGUUCAUCUAUGUGUUCGAUGCGCUGCUGAUGUUCGGUGCGAUGGUCGUGCUGCAGUACAUUCAUCCCAGCCAGAUCAACUGCUUCCUCGGGAUGGGGGACAAGUACUCGGAGAAAGCCUUCAAGACUCGCAAGUUCGUCCCGCUGACGACGGAGAUGGAGGUGUCUUCCGAGGCCUGA